CACCCCUCCCCGCCAGUAUUCUCAAUGUUUAGCGCUGUAGAGAGGCUUUCCUAAAAGUUUUCUGCCAAGGAUGGGACAAUACAUAAGGAGUUUACUAUCAAACCCUACUAGGAUUACUUACAUCGGACUUUCUAAGAAACUGGAUUGAGGGACAAAACAGUUUUACUAAAAACGUCUUUUCGAUUUGGAAAUUGAAUAUUUGACUGAUUGUAUGAUUUCCCCCCGGUUUAUAACUUUUUACCUACUUUCAUAUAGUUUACUUUUACGAUAAUUGAUGGGACUUUUGUUGUUGAUUUUUCAUAUUUUGACUUGUUUAUAAAAAUAGUCAAAUGAAUUGAUAAAUAAGAAUGAAUGCGUCUUUGGUUAAACUCUUGCUCCUGGUGCUGAGUAUCAGCAGCGCGCGCUGCGCUUCAUUCAGUUCGCCGGUGAAGAGAAGCUCCGGCGCGGAUGACAGCGCGUCCACGCUGGCCUUUGUCUUCGAUGUUACCGGCUCGAUGUACGAUGAUCUCAAGCAGGUGAUAGAUGGUGCGUCCCGGAUUCUGGAGAGGACCCUGAGCCGCAGAACCAGACCCAUCAAAAACUUCGUGCUGGUACCUUUCCAUGAUCCAGACAUCGGUCCUGUUUCCAUUACUACUGACCCCAAGAAGUUCCAGAAGGAUCUUCAAGAGCUGUUUGUUCAGGGUGGAGGGGAUUGUCCGGAGAUGAGCAUUGGGGCCAUCAAGAAGGCUUUAGAGGUUUCUCUGCCUGGAUCCUUUAUCUAUGUUUUCACAGAUGCCCGAGCCAAAGAUUAUCGUCUGAAGAGAGACGUUCUCCAGCUAGUUCAGCUCCGCCAGUCUCAGGUUGUGUUUGUAUUGACGGGGGAUUGCGGCGAUCGGUCCCAGCCAGGAUACAGAGCCUAUGAGGAGAUUGCUGCCACAAGCUCCGGUCAAAUAUUUCAUCUGGACAAGCAACAAGUCAAUGAGGUACUUAAAUGGGUUGAAGAAACAGUCCAAGCCAUGAAGGUCCAUCUUCUCUCAUCUGACCACGAGUAUGCCCAGGAGACCCAGUGGGAGUUACCCUUCGACCCCAGUCUAAAAGAAGUCACUGUAUCUUUAAGUGGUCCAGCACCACAGAUUGAACUCAGAGACCCUCUAGGGCGCACAGUUGGGGAAGGACAGGGCCUAAUGGAACUCCUCAACAUCCCAAACUCAGCACGGGUGGUCAAUCUGAAGAACCCUCGAUCUGGACCAUGGACAUUAAAGGUGGGCUGCAGUGGGCGGCACACACUCAGAGUAACAGGUGUGAGUAACCUGGACUUUAGGGCGGGGUUUUCUGUUACACCGGUCUCAGAGUUCAACAAGACUAGAGAAAGGCCUAUCAAAGGCAUUCCAGCUCAUGUGAUUCUGAAGUGUUCAGGUCUGAAGCCUCCCGGGCUGGUUUCCAACAUGGAGUUAGUGUCUCUUGGGGGGCGCUCUCUGCGUACCAUUCCUGUGCCUUUACCAGCUGAUAGAGGUUUAGGAGGUCUCUGGAGCAUCCCAGAGUUCAGAACCCCAUCACAGAGCUUCUUUCUCAAAGUAUCUGGCAAAGAUGGAGAUGGCUACGACUUCCAAAGACUGUCAAGUGUCUCCUACACCAACAUCAUCCCGGAGCCUCCGUUGGUGAGCAUGCCCACAGUGGUGAGAGCAUUUUACAUGCAGCCUGCUGCGAUUGAAUGCUCUGUGGACAGUGCCCUGCCCUAUAAACUGAGAUUCACCAGAGAUGGGACCACAGUAGGAGAGGAGAGAACCUAUGAGGCUUCUUUCAAAGCAUCAUGGGAAAUUCCCCAUGCUUCAGGCAAUGAUGAGGGAGCGUAUGAAUGUGUUGCCCAAAGUACUGCAGGGAUGGGACGAGCUCUCACGCAACUCACUGUUAGAGAGCCUCCUCCCGUCCUGCUCCCUCCCGUGAACGUGACCUCAUCGCCCGGCUCAGCGGCCGUGCUGUCAUGCCAGGUUCAAGGCUUUGUGCGGCACAAUCUGACUUGGUAUCGGACAGGCACCGUUUUGUCAUCCCGUUCAGAGAGGGUGAAAGUGCUCGCCAACUCUUCUUUGGAGAUAAGCUGGGUUCAGACCCAGGACGCAGGACCCUACCAGUGCAGAGCCACAAAUGCACAUGGAGAGAGUCAGGCUGUCGUGUGGCUGGUGGUCUUAGAGACUCCAUCUGUGGUUGUUUCCCCUCAGACACAAAGCUUCACUCGGGGCGCAGAGCUCCAAAUCUCCUGCUCUGUUUCGGGAUCCCCUCCUCCUAAGGUUUUUUGGAGUCAUGGCAACAUCUUGCUUUCCAACCACCAUCGAAUGAGCAUCGCUGAGUCUGGCACUCUUAAGAUCAGAGAUGCUGCCCCUGAGGAUGCUGGGAACUAUACAUGUGUGGCUACCAAUAAGGUUGGCACUGCCUCCCAAUCUGUUACUGUCAGCUAUGCAGAGCCUCCAGGCAUCUCAGUGAUACAGCAGGUGGUGAUGGUUGUUGCUGGUGGAGAUGCCACUCUUGGAUGCCAUGCCUCUGGCAUCCCCCCUCCAACAGUAACAUGGCGAAAAGGAGAUCUUGAUCUGGGGACAGUGCCAUUUGCAGAGCAAGAUGUCCAUCUUGGAACGCUGGAGAUCCGUGGUGUGCAGGAACUGGAUGCUGGAGAAUAUACCUGUAUGGCCACAAACACUGCUGGCUCCACGUCUGCUGUGGUCAGGCUGGAGGUGGGAGCUGCUCCUGCAUUCUCCGAGUCCCCUGUGGACCUAACAGCCAGCGUGGGCGAUAACAUUACUCUGCCGUGCAUCGCCCGCGGUUUCCCCACACCCUCUCUGACAUGGAGACGCCAGGAUGGACGGCCCAUUUUUGGCAAGUCGACUGGCCACGCAGGCACCUCUCAACUGCCUUCUGGUGCCCUUCAGAUCCAGAGUGUUUGGGUAGACGAUGAAGGUGUGUAUGUUUGUGAGGCCAAAAACCAGUUUGGAUCCAUCAAGACACAAGUCAGAGUCACUGUUACUGGUUUAGAACCACCGUUAUUAGCCGAAGGUGCACCAGCUGUUACGGUCCUGAACGGUCAGGCUUUGAACAUUGCUUGCAUGUUACUGGAUGGAAUUCCUCUUCCUGAGAGAGUCUGGACGCACAAUGGAAAACAGGUGCGUGUAGGUGGGAGAGUCUUUCUAAGGAGUGACGGCAGUCUCCAUGUGGAUAGAGCUGUACCCGAAGAUGCUGGGAUUUAUGUGUGCACUGCUAUCAAUGUAGCAGGAUCAGACAAUAUCACUGUCUUGGUAGAAGUUCAUGCCCCUCCCGAAAUCAAGUCCGGACCGCUGCACUACACAGCCAACGAGGGCACACCCAUCUCCCUGUCCUGUGAAGCAAGUGGGGUCCCUGCACCCACCAUCGUCUGGUCCAAGGGUCGAGAAACCAGGGUCAUGUCAGCACCUCUUAAAGGACCUGAUGGAAGUUUAUACAUCCCCAGUCCAUCAGCGGAAGAUGAAGGGGUCUAUGUCUGUACCGCCACCAGUGCAGUGGGCUACACCAGCAGAGAGAUGCAUCUGAGUGUUAACACCAAACCAAGAAUUGCUGGCGUUGACGAACCACACACAGUAGUUCAAAAGGCAGCUGAGGUGGGAUCAGAGGUCAUCCUUCCAUGUGAAGUUCACGGAAGUCCUGCUCCUAUGGUGACUUGGAGCAGAAACGGGCAACCCAUUCCUCCUGUCACAGCCUGGUUUACAGUUUUGUCGUCUGGUUCUUUGAAGAUUAGCGAUGUCAGGCUAAUAGACAGUAAAUUCUACACCUGUUCUGCUGCUAACCCAGCUGGAAACGUCUCACUUACCUACAAUUUACAAGUACAAGCUAAACCAAGAAUUCAACCAGCACCUGCUUCUCUUAAGGCUCUCAUUGGACAGACGGUGGUGUUACCAUGCGUGGUUCAAGGAGAACCAAGUCCUCAGAUCAGCUGGCUUCAUAAUGGACUUCUUGUGAGCAAUGACAGAAUGCUAAAGAUCCAAGCAGUCCAGCAUUCAGACAGCGGUACUUACAGUUGUGUAGCCAAAAACAGUGCUGGAGAAGAUACCAUAAAGAUUGUUCUGCAAGUGUUAGAGGCCCCUUAUUUCGAGACAAAUGGAGAGACCAUCAUUGAGAGCGUGGCCAACAACAGAGUGAUCAUUCCUUGCCCUGCACGAGGAUCUCCUCCUCCUUGGGUGCGAUGGUUCAAAAACGGCCUGGAGAUCCAUAUGGAGCAAUCGGAACAUGGUGUGUCUGCAGCUGAAGAUGGUUCGCUGCUGAUUGGCUCAGCUUCAGCCAGUCACAGCGGAGAUUUUAAGUGUGUGGCCACUAAUGAAGCAGGCUCUGUGGAAAGGAAGACCAGGCUAAAGGUCAAUGUUCCCCCAGAAAUUCAGGAUGAUGGGCAGCCUGUGAAUCUGACAGUCACACUGAAACAGCCCCUUACGCUCGGGUGUGAUGCUAUUGGCAUCCCAACCCCUACCAUUACCUGGACAAAAGACAAUAGACCAGUGCUGGAGACUCCAGGGGUCUAUCUUCAGAAUGGAAAUAGGCUUUUAAAGAUUUAUCGUGUUCAGAAUAAUCACGCCGGACGGUUUUCCUGCACUGCCCAGAACUCCGCUGGGGAAGCCAGGAGGGAAUACACUAUUGAAGUACAAGCCCCACCAGUGAUAUCAGGUUCAACAGGAGUGCAGGAACUGACGGUCAUGGCAGGACAGGAGGUAGACUUGCAGUGCAGAGUCAGCGGUCAUCCAUUGCCUAGAAUUGAAUGGACUCAUGAUGGGGAGGUUUUGUCACGAAGCGGAGACCCUCAUGUGGAAUAUCUGGAAAAGGGUCAGGUGCUGAGAAUAAAGUCUGUCAUGCCGAGAGAUCGCGGCCUCUAUCAGUGUGUGGCCAGUAACAACGCUGGCACUCAGACUCGCCAGUUUAGGCUAAAUGUACAAGCUGCCCCCAGCAUUCGUGACUCCAGUGAGAGUUCAGAGGUGACUGUAGUUUUAGGCUUCCCAGCUGUUCUUCACUGUGAAGUUGAAGGGACCCCUGUUCCCACCAUCACCUGGUUAAAGGACAACCAGCCUAUCGUGUCCAGUCCCCAGCUAACUUACACGCAGGAUGGACAGGCUUUGCGUGUGUCUGCCGCCCGUAGCGGGGACGAAGGUGCUUAUACUUGCCGAGCAACCAACCCUGCUGGAACGGCAUACAGGCAUCAUACACUUAAAAUUCUGGUUCCUCCACAGAUAGAGGGUGAUUCAACAACUCUCAACUUUGGUAGAAAACAAGAAAAAGUGAAACUUAAUGGGACGUUGACCUUGUCAUGCUUGGCCAAGGGCUUUCCAGAACCUGUCACACAGUGGUUUAAAGAUGGAAAGUUGUUAAAUGAGAAUACCCACACGGGUCUCAAAGUGAACAGUCACAUACUGCACAUCGAAAAUGCCAUGCUGUCCCAUGAGGGUCAGUAUACAUGUGUGGUUACCAACACUGCUGGAGAGGACAAGAGAGACUUUCACCUUAUUAUACAGGUUCCUCCGAUCUUUCACAGAGUGGUAAAUGGUGCUGCUGGUUUUUCAUUGGGCGAGAGAGAGGGCGACGAAGAGGACCCUGAUGGCGAUGAAGGAAUGGUCGAAAAAAGAGAGGUGGUACUGGGACACUCCAUCAGUCUCUCUUGCGAAAGCAAUGCCAUUCCACCUCCUCGACUCAGCUGGUAUAGACAAGGCAGGCAACUCACCAGCUCAGAUGGAGUUGUGCUUUUACCUGGAGGGCAAGUGCUACAGAUCCCACGGGUACAGCUGGAGGAUGCUGGGAAGUACACAUGCCAGGCUGUGAAUGAAGCUGGAGAGGACCAAAUGCAUUACGACCUGGAGGUGUUGGUUCCCCCUGUAAUUGAUGGCCGGACUGAUGAGUUCAUGCAGGAUGUCACUGCAGUGGUCAACUCCACUAUAUCACUGCGCUGUGAUGUCACAGGAAACCCCACUCCAUCUGUUUCCUGGAUUAAAGAUGGUCUGGCACUUAACAGCGGACUUCAGCAUCAGAUUCUAGAGGAUGGGAAGCUUUUGGAGAUCCUGAAUGUGCAGGUGUCUGACACGGCCACUUAUCAGUGUGUGGCUGAAAAUAAAGCUGGGGCUGUUGAGAGACUUUAUAGCUUAUCUGUUCAAGUUCCACCAAAAAUAGUUGGCAACCGAGAGGAGGAUAUGAGCGUGGUGGAGGGUCACAUGAUCUCUCUGCUGUGUGAUGUGCAGGCAUACCCGCCUGCUGACAUCAUAUGGACCAAAGAUGGUCAAAUGCUGGAGUUUACCAGCGGCAUGCACAUACUGCCAGGUGGUCAGAUGCUACAGUUGCCCAGGGCUGGACAGCAGGAUGCCGGUCAAUAUGUCUGCACAGCCACAAACUCGGCCGGGCAAGACCAGAAAAGCAUUCUCCUUACUGUCUAUGACCUACCUACACUGGUGCCACGUCUAGACUCUGAGUCAGAGAUCAUGACACCUCAGGUUGGGUCUUCACUGAUUCUGCGCUGUGAGGCUCGUGGCGUCCCUGAACCAGAGGUCACAUGGUAUCGUAAUGGACUCCAGCUGGCUGCUGGGAAUGGUUUAAGAAUUGACCGCCAGCAGCUGGAGAUAGUUGGGGUGCAGGUGGCUGAUGGGGGGGUGUAUACCUGUAAGGUGUCCAAUAUUGCUGGCCAAGUAGAUCGCACCUUUAGAGUAACAGUUCAUGUUCCUCCUGUGAUGGAGGGUCCUCUUCACGAGACCCUUACUCAUAAUCUUGGCUCCCACAUCACCCUCAUUUGUGAGGCGUCUGGUGUACCUCUACCCAGCAUUUCCUGGCUAAAGGAUGGCUCUCCUAUUGAAAGCGGUUUGCAGUGGAACUGGUCAGUGAGGGGAAACAGACUGGAAUUAGGCCCUUUGCAGCUCUCUCAUGCGGGCACAUACACCUGCAUAGCCAAGAACAGUGAAGGACAGACCCAGAAAGACUAUUUACUUACGCUACAUGCAUCACCCACCAUAAUAGAUUCUGGCCGCCCAUCAGAGGUCAGCUCACCUGUGGGGGAUGAGCUAAGUCUUGAAUGUCAGGUAACGGGCACCCCCACUCCUAAAGUGAGCUGGCUGAAGAACGGAAUCACCCUCGAGAACAGCAACAUGGAGCAUAUAGAUAUCUCACCAGAUGGCAGCACUUUAACAUUUCUAAAUCUGCGACCAGAUGACUCAGGAACAUACACGUGCCUGGCUGUCAGCUCAGCUGGCCAAGAGAACAAGAUCUAUACCUUGUUUGUAUCAAUUCCUCCCUCCAUAAGUGGGGAGACCAGCGUCCCCCGUCAGGUGCACACUACUCAGCACAGCAUGGUUACACUGGAGUGCAAAGCAACUGGAAACCCCCAGCCUCAAAUCAGCUGGUUGAGAGACGGUCAUCCGUUGCUACUGUCGCCUCGCAUCCGCCUCCUUUCUGCAGAUUCUGUUCUCAGGUCAGCUGCGUGCAGCUAGUCUGAUUCAGGCAUCUAUACCUGCGUUGCACGCAGCCAAGCUGGAUUAGCAGAGUUAAAUUUUGACCUGCAAGUUCAAGCUCCUCCUGCUGUGGAGCGAACCGAGCCGACAGAACAGGUGGCUGUGGUCCAAGGGUCUUCAGUAACGCUGACCUGUGAAGCUCGUGGUGUACCGCCACCAACUCUGUCCUGGAUGAAAGAUGGCCAACCGCUCUCACUGCACCGCAAUCUUCUGCUAGAUGGACAGGAAACUCGCUUUCUGCUCUCUGAUGUGGGCCCAAGUGACGGAGGACUUUACAGCUGUGUGGCAAGCAACCAAGCAGGAAGCAGUACAAAGACCUUCAACCUGACAGUGCUAGAGCCCCCCAAGAUAUCUGAUUCUUCAUCUCCUAAUGAGCUGCUGGUUGCUGUGGACAGUGUGCUGGAGUUGGAGUGUAUCGCCACUGGUCAGCCGCCUCCAACCCUCAGCUGGCUAAAAGAUGGGCGCCCCUUACAGGACAGCAUGGCAACAAUAGAGAGAGCUGGGCAGCUUCUCAGGAUCAACAAAGUUCAGGUGGAGGAUGCAGGUCUGUAUACCUGCCUUGCCACUAGCCCAGCAGGAGAAGAUGGAAGAAACCAUUGGGUGGGCAUUCAAUUUCCACCCACUUUGCUGGGCUCCAAUGACAUCAGAACCGUGUCGGUACCAGCCAAAGGUCAUUUGACACUGGAGUGUCAAACUGAUGGUGACCCUCCACCAGAGAUCGAGUGGUACAAGGAUGAUGUCAAACUACCGUUGGGAGGUCGAAUUCAGACCAUUGCUGGUGGACAGUAUCUGGAAAUUGAAGAUGUCAGGACCCAAGACAGUGGACAGUACAGCUGUGUGGUUACCAACAUUGCCGGCAGCAGCAGUCUGUUCUUCACCGUAGAGAUUCUUUUGCCGCCAGUCAUCAAAGCAGGCAGUUCACUGAUCAUAGCACAUGUGAGUCAGGAUGCAGUGCUGCCCUGUGAGGUGGAAGGAGAGGAUUCUUCUUCUGUUGUAUGGAGGAAAGAUGGAGGCCCAGUUCCACUUCAUAAUGGAAGAUUCACACAGCUGUCAGAGGGCUCUUUGCGUAUCGAGUCAGUGCAGCUGUCUGAUGCGGGUCGGUAUUACUGCAGCGUGUCGAAUCAGGCAGGAUCAGAUCAUCGUGGCAUGGACCUGAAAGUUUACGUUGGACCCUCAAUCAGCCCAGGCCCCUUUAAUGUAACAGUGGUCACAGGUCAGAGAGCAGUGUUAAGUUGUGAGAGCACAGGUAUACCUGCUCCUCAGGUCAACUGGAAGAGGAACGGUACGCCCCUCGACAUGGAUCUUCAGUCUGGUGUUUACAGGUUAAUGUCUUCUGGCUCUCUGAUCAUUAACGCCCCAUCUGAAGAGGAUGCGGGCUACUUUGAAUGUACAGUGACCAAUGAAGUCGGAGAAGAGCGAAGGGUCAUAGAGGUCAUUCUGCAAGUUCCUCCUUCAAUUAAAGAUGACAUCAGCAGUGUUAUAGCAGUUAAAAUGUCACCUGUUGUGUUGCCGUGUCACGCCACUGGCAGCCCAGAGCCCAUUAUCAGCUGGAAUAAGAACUGGAUGCAACUGGGUGCUCGAGGAGGAAGUUACCGUGUGCUUCCCACAGGUGCUCUUGAGAUCCUGGCAGCCACGCCAAGUCACGCUGGCAAAUACACCUGUUCGGCACGUAACUCGGUUGGCGUUGCUUACAAACAAAUCACUCUUACUGUUCAGGAGCCCCCAGAAAUCAGGCCCAUGGCAGAGGAAGUUCAGGUGAUGUUACAUCAUUCUGUAGUUUUGCCAUGUGACGUGCAUGGCUUCCCCAGACCCACCAUUACAUGGCAGCGAGAAGGUGUCCCUGUUGCGACAGGUCAUAGACUUGCAGUACUUUCCAACGGAGCUUUAAAGUUCUCACGGGUCACCCUAGGAGAUGCUGGAACAUAUCAGUGUCUUGCACAGAAUGAAGCAGGCACAGCUAUGGGAAGAACCAAUCUAGUUUUGCAAGUUCCUCCAGUGCUGUCUGUGCCUCGUCUUGAGUACACAUCAGUUCUCGGCCAGCCGAUCAGUUUGGAGUGUACUGCUGAUGGCCAGCCAAAGCCAGAUGUGACCUGGCACAGGGAGCGUAGGCCCGUGGUGGAGGGUACCCACCUGAGACUCUUCUCCAAUGGCACGCUGCACAUCAGCAGCACUCAGCGCAGCGAUGCGGGAAUCUACACUUGCUCAGCCCGAAACAAUGCUGGCAGAGCCAGCCAGGACAUGAGACUGAUCCUACAAACCCCACCUGUCAUUUCUGCUGGUCAGUCAGAGAUGUCCGUCAUUCAGGGAUUUCAAGCACUGUUGCCAUGUGCAGCGCAGGGUCUUCCAGAGCCCAGGGUGAGCUGGGAGAAACAGGGAGUUCCUGUGUCAAACCUGCCAGGCAAAUUCACUUUGCUGAGGUCUGGAGAACUGAUAAUCGAAAGAGCAGAGAUUGGUGAUGCAGGUCUCUUCACCUGCGUGGCUACAAACACUGCUGGUACAUCCCGACGAGACAUUCGGCUGUCAGUCAACAUGAGACCUGCUUUUAAAGAGCUACCUGGUGAUGUGACACUCAAUACAGGUCAAAGUCUCACACUUUCCUGCCAUGCUCAGGGUACUCCACCACCCACAAUAACCUGGACAGCCAACAACAGGCCCUAUACAGGUGUAAGUGUUGAUGGAUCUGGUAGAAGUUCACUGGUUAUUGAGAACGUCACUGUAAGUGAUGGUGGAACUUACGUCUGCAUUGCAGAGAAUGUUGUAGGCUCCAUACGGACACUAUCAUUUGUGCGUGUCAGAGAACCUCCAGUGAUUCGAGGGGAAGCCCACACCUCUCAGACUGUAAUUCAAGGAAAAGCAGCCAUGCUUGAUUGUGCUGUUAGCGGAGACCCUGUUCCUUCGCUACGCUGGCACAAAGAUGGUCAGCCCUUGCUUGGCUCUUUGCGGUUUCAUCCCCUUCGCAAUGGCUCUUUGGCUCUUUACAGUGCCACAAACGGAGACUCUGGUGAUUACAAAUGUGUUGCUGAGAGCGAGGCGGGUGUUGCAGAACGAACCAUAUCUCUGAAAGUUCAAGUUCCAGGGGGAUACUCAAACUGGGAAGAGUGGGGUCCGUGCACUGUCACCUGUGGGCAGGGCAUCCAGGAGCGAAUCAGAUUUUGUAACAAUCCACCACCAGCCAAUGGAGGACCAUCAUGCGAAGGUCCGAAUGUGGAUUCCAGGAAAUGUCAGGUGUCGUUGUGCCCAGGAGAGUCUCCACGACGUGCACGGGGCAGUCUUAUAGGCAUGGUUAAUGAAAAAGAGUUUGGAGUUGCCUUUAUGGAGGCCAAUAUCACAGAGAAUACAGCAGAUGGCACCAGCACUCUUGUGGCUCACGUGGAGAACGUUCCUCCAAGUGUUGGCCCUUUGUUGCGAGUACUCGUGUCUGUGUUUGCUCCGAUUUACUGGACGACCGUCUAUCAAUCACCAGAGACCCAAAAUGGUUACUCUCUCACACAAGGGCAGUUCAGACAGGAAUCUCAACUGGAGUUUGAGACAGGAGAGAUCUUGAAGUUGACCCAUGUGGCCAGAGGUCUGGAUGCAGAAGGGGCUUUAUUGGUGGACAUUGUUAUUAACGGCUUUGUUCCUCCAAUGUUGGUCUCUUCUAAUCUCAACCUACAGGAGUUUGAUGAGUCAUAUGUGCAGACAGGCUCCGGGCAGCUAUAUUCCUGGUCUUCCCAGAAUCACAUGUGGGAUCAAGGGGACCCUUUAACACUGCGCUGCAAUCAUUCUGUAGUUUUCGACGGUCCAGAGAUCCGUCAGGGGCCGCUGCUACAGCUCCUCAGACUCACAGGAAUAACUGGCACCUACAGCGUUUUAACACUGAGCCUGGAGUUCAGUAUGACUGCCAGUUUACUCAUACCAGAAGGGGAUGGGGAAACAUGUCCAAAAGGUUUUGUCUUGGACACAGCGUCUUACUGUGCUGAUGAAGAUGAAUGUGCCUUGGAUUCUCCUUGCUCACAUUCGUGUAAUAACAUCAUGGGCGGUUUCUCAUGUGCAUGUCCUUCUGGAUUUACCAUGUCUACAGAGUCAAACACCUGCCAAGAUAUUGACGAAUGCACCCAAGGUUCCCACUUGUGUCAUCCCAACCAGCAGUGUGUGAACACUGUGGGGACAUAUCGCUGUCAAGCCAAGUGCGGACCGGGCUUCAAACCCAGUGUGGUGGGCACCAGCUGUGAAGAUGUGGAUGAGUGUCGGGAGUCUGCGAUCUCCCCGUGCCAGCAGCAGUGCUUCAAUAGUCUGGGCUCUUAUCGCUGCGCCUGCCACCCGGGAUACCAGCUAGUAGGCCAUCGCUGCCUCGAUAUAAAUGAGUGUUUGAGGAGUGUGUGUCCAGCACAUCAACAGUGCAGAAACACAGAUGGAGGCUAUCAGUGUUUUGACAGCUGCCCAGCUGGUAUGACCACGGCAGAAAAUGGAGCAUGUGUAGAUAUUGACGAAUGCCAGGAUGGUAGUCACAUGUGUCGCUAUAGUCAAAUAUGCCAGAACACAAUUGGUGGUUAUGGAUGCGUUUGUCCCAGAGGCUUUCGCUCGCAAGGUGCUGGUCGACCUUGCCUAGAUAUUGAUGAAUGCACGCAGGUGCCGAGCCCUUGUGCUUUUCAAUGCCGGAACGUUCCAGGCAGUUUCCGCUGCCUGUGUCCACCAGGGACAGUUCUUCUUGGUGAUGGCCGCUCUUGUGCUGGGCUCGAGAGAGGACAUUUCUUCACUAACAAUACCCGGGUGCAAGCUAGGCUCCGCCCUCAACUGGUCUCUACACUAGAGCGACCUUACCUCACUCGCCUCUCAGUGCAUCCUGAACAUCUAGGAUCCUCACGCCGUCCCAGGCAUGAAUGUCCAAUUGGGUAUACUAGCAAAGACGGCACUUGCAUAGAUAUUGAUGAGUGUGCAUUUAGAAAGCCUUGCCAACACGAGUGCAGAAAUACAAUUGGAAGCUACCAGUGCAUCUGCCCUCCAGGUUACCAACUAACAUCCAAUGGCCGAACAUGCAAAGAUAUCGAUGAGUGCACGGUACAAGGUGUCCAAUGUGGAGCAAACCAGAUGUGCUUUAACACACGAGGGGGUUACCAGUGUCUUGACACACCCUGCCCAGCCAGCUACCAGAGAGGGCGCAAUCCAGGUACCUGCUACAGAUCGUGUUCUUCCAGACGGGAUUGUGCCUUCGGGAACUCUUUUCCUCCACUUCAGUAUAAGCUUCUGACUCUUCCUCUUGGAAUACCAGCUCAGCACAGUGUAGCCCGUUUGUCAGCUUUCUCCGAAUCAGGAGUUCUCCAGGAUCACACAUCCUUCAACAUCCUGGAGCAAGGAGAUGAUACUGGAGAAAGGCCAUUUGGCAUCAAGGACGAGGCAGGAAGAGGCAUUCUCUUCACUUUAAUGCCGUUACAACGGCCCGGCCUGGUGCGACUUCGGGUACAAGCCACUACUUUGUCAGAUCAGGGGCGCAUAACCUAUCAGAGUAUCUUCAUCAUCUACAUCUCCAUAUCCGAAUACCCCUUUUGAAUACACGUGGUUGCAAAAUUACAAUGGAGAAACUUACAGUAGAACAGCCCUGGAUGUACUGUUGCUUAAGUGGCCAUAGGAGAAACAUAAAUAAAUGGACUUGAUUCCUGAGUGCCCUUUUAGAUUACGUGACUGUUUAUGGGUGCACUAUCAACAUGUGCAUUUAGACAAACAAAGGGGGAACAUCAUUUAAAGUCUGCAUCAUGAAGCUCUGGGACAUUACUAUCACUGUUAUUUUCUUAAUGAAUUAUUAUGAUAAAGUUAAUAAAUGCACCGCACCUUUUAAUACUACUUUUAUUUAAAAGUAUUGUAGUAGCUUUAAAUCUUUCCUGACCUCUUGUUUUUCCACUGUUGUGCCAUUAUGACAUUUUGACCAAAGAGACUAUUAGGUAACAUUUGCGUAUUAAAAAAGCUUUGCCAACGCAAGUGUAGAAAUACAAUGGGAAGCUACAAGUGCCUACAACCAUCAUUCAGGGGUCAAACCUUAAAAGUGAAUCUUCCACAUAUUGUGCAGUUUUAAUAAUUAACAAUGGACAUCACAAACUUACUGUAGAUACAUAUUCCUAUUACAGACAUUAGUAUUAUCACUAGCGAAUUCUUUAACUUAAAACUGACGUGCAUAUUUAGUUAUAUUAAUUGUAGUAUUAUAUUUUAUUAUGUAUUAGUAUAUUCCUGUACUGUACAUUACUCUAAAAUGUCUGCGUGUGUAGGGAGUUGAGAGGGGGGGGGGGGUUCUCAUGCUGUUGGGAUUAGUCAAUGGUGCUAAACUGAAUAAAUGUCUUAAAUGUCCAAAUGAAAAACUUUCUGUGAAGGUUUGGUUCUUAGAGAAUAUCAAAUAACUAAAAAAGACAUCAACGGAAAGUCCUCACCAGAAAAAAUGGGGUGUGCUUGUGUCUGUAUAUAAACCACUGUAGAAGUGUUUGUGAUGUAUGUGAUCUGACUGCUCAUGACUUCUUGAAACUUAUAUGGAGAUUAAAAUUUUCUUUAAAAAAAAAAAUUGGUCUG